UCUUACUGCAGGAAUUGUUAUGAUAUAUAUUUAUCAAAAUAUUUGUAACAGAAGUUUAAGUACUAUAAGUAAUAAAGUAAAUGUAUUUAAUUGUUCGUAUGAAUUAGUGUUAUCAAUCACAGUUAUAAAGCCACCGAAUAUCUUUUACUGUUUUCUAAGUAAUAAGUUUUAAAAAAGUGAAUAAUGGAAAAAGUUCCAGGAAAACAGUACGAAACAAAAGUAUGGCAAGAUAUAGUCGAUAGUGAUGACAGCGAUGUUGAAAACAUUGUUGAUAUCGAGAAACUUCCUCCAUUAGAAAUAGCACCAAAUGAUAAUCGUUUGCAACACACAUACUGUCUUUGGUUUUCCCGCAAAGGCCUGCAGCGCGCAACUAAUUAUAGUAAAUCUCUGCAUGUUGUUGGACGGUGCGCGAGUGUUCAGCAAUGGUGGUCACUAUAUUCACAUUUAAUUCGCCCAACGGCAUUAAAACCAUUCCGGGAAUUAAGUUUGUUUAAGCAAGGGAUUAAACCGAUGUGGGAAGAUCCAGCUAAUUCAAAGGGAGGACAGUGGGUUAUUCGCUUGCCUAAAAAUAAAAUAGAUCGUGCCUGGGAAAAUGUUUGCAUGGCUAUGCUAGGUGAACAGUUUCUUGUAGGUGACGAAAUAUGUGGUAUUGUUUUAAUAACUAAACACCCGGAAGAUAGUUUAUCAGUUUGGAACCGUUCAGCUUCGGAUCACUCUAGCACAACUCGUAUUCGUGAUACUUUGAGAAGAAUAUUGAAUAUACCUCUUACAACUGCAAUGGAAUAUAAGAUACACUGUGAAAGUCUUAAAUAUGUAGCAAUAAAAGGCCCAUUGAAGAGCUGAAAAGUAAUGAAAGGAAAAGUGGAAUAAUUUCUUAACUCAAAACAAUUACAAUAAUUACAAGCAGCAUUGAAAAUUAACAAAAAAUAAAAAAAAUUCGUGAAGCAAA